UCGCUCGGCUGCGCAGCUCCCGGAGCGGUUGGCGCGGCGGGAGACGGUUGAGGGGAGCGAGGGAGCCGAGCCGUUGUGGCGAGCGCUCAGCCGCGGGCGAGCCAGGCGUCCCUGCCCGCGACCGGACCGGCGCGAGCGUCGGCGUCGCUAGUGCCCCACAGGGUAUCUGAAGUAGAAGCGGGGGUUAGGUUGGGCCGGCGGUGCCGACGGCGGAGUCGGGAGAAGGACGAAGAGCCCGGGAGCGGCAUUUAAAUCAAGCAGUAUUGAAAUGGAUUGGGUUAUGAAACAUAAUGGUCCAAAUGACGCUAGCGAUGGGACUGUGCGACUUCGUGGACUGCCAUUUGGUUGCAGCAAAGAGGAAAUAGUUCAGUUCUUUCAAGGGUUGGAAAUCGUGCCAAAUGGGAUAACAUUGACGAUGGACUACCAGGGGAGAAGCACAGGGGAGGCCUUCGUGCAGUUUGCUUCAAAGGAGAUAGCAGAAAAUGCUCUGGGGAAACACAAGGAAAGAAUAGGGCACAGGUAUAUUGAGAUCUUCAGGAGUAGCAGGAGUGAAAUCAAAGGAUUUUAUGACCCACCAAGAAGAUUGCUGGGACAGCGACCAGGACCAUAUGAUAGACCAAUAGGAGGAAGAGGGGGUUAUUAUGGAGCUGGGCGUGGAAGCUAUGGAGGUUUUGAUGACUAUGGUGGCUAUAAUAAUUAUGGCUAUGGAAACGAUGGCUUUGAUGAAAGGAUGCGAGAUGGAAGAGGCAUGGGAGGACAUGGCUAUGGUGGAGCUGGUGAUGCAAGUUCAGGUUUCCAUGGUGGUCAUUUUGUGCACAUGAGAGGGCUGCCUUUUCGUGCGACUGAAAAUGAUAUUGCUAAUUUCUUCUCACCACUCAAUCCAAUACGUGUUCAUAUUGAUAUUGGAGCCGAUGGCAGAGCAACAGGCGAGGCAGAUGUAGAGUUUGUGACACAUGAAGAUGCAGUGGCUGCUAUGUCUAAAGAUAAAAACAACAUGCAACAUCGAUACAUUGAACUCUUCUUGAAUUCUACCCCUGGAGGUGGCUCUGGAAUGGGAGGUUCUGGAAUAGGAGGCUAUGGCAGAGAUGGAAUGGAUAAUCAAGGAGGAUACGGAUCUGUUGGGAGAAUGGGAAUGGGGAACAGCUACAGUGGAGGCUACGGUGCUCCUGAUGGCUUGGGAGGCUAUGGUCGUGGUGGUGGAGGCAGUGGAGGUUACUAUGGGCAAGGUGGAAUGAGUGGAGGUGGAUGGCGUGGGAUGUACUGAUAACACCACUCCAACGAACACGUCCUAACAUACCUGCUCUACUAGACUUUCUUACAGAUUUCAUUUCUUUUGUAUUUCAAGAACUUUAUAAUGACUGAAGGAAUGUGUUUUUAAGAUAUUAUUUGGAAAAGCAACAGACUGAUGGGAAAAUCUGUUUUCUGUAGGUUUUAUUUGUUGCAUACUUUGACUUAAAUAAAUUUUUAUAUUCAAACCACUGAUGUUGCUACUUUUUAUAUAUAGGUACUCCUAAAGAUGUGCUGACUUCAUACGAUUUGGGAUGAUGUAAUAUUUUACUGUUAACAUAGUGCAGUGUUAGAGGGCAAGACAGCAAGUCCUACGUAGGCACCUGCGAUAGCACUAACUCGCACCCCUGGACAUACUGUAAAUAAAAAGCCUAAAGAUAUGUUCAGGUGGUUUCAGGAGCAUAAGUUAAGCUAAUUUUGUAUCCUCUUUUCAGUCUCUUAUCAAGCAUAGCUCUGAAUAAUUCAAGAGGUAUCUGGAUUCCAAAUAUUCAUAAAUUGUAUUACGAACAGGGGUAGGGGUAUAAAACCCUCAUAGCACUUGACUAAGAUACCAGAAAUGGUUCCCAAAACUUGAGUUUGUUGGAGUAGUUUGAAUUUCUCAAUAAUGACAGAAAAACUCUGUAAAUACAUGGGUAUUUACUAUGAUGGGUAUAUGCUUACUUGUAUUUUCAGUUCCUCGCCCAAGAAAACGGGGGGCUUUAAUGGUGUGAAUGACUACAUUUAGGAGACUAUAAAACAAUGCUGUAGCUGGUUUUGCAUCUGAAACUGACUUUGAGUAGUUAAGUGCCCUGUGUAGAAGGAAAACGUGCUUUCUACUAAUCUUUUAUUACUUUGAUCAAUAAGACUUUUCCCCAAAUUGGCUAAUGGAUCAAAAUGAACCUGUCAGUGUGAACUCAGUUAUUGAACUUGUUACUUGUUUUUUGCUAGACAUGUUAUUAAUGUAAUAAAUGUCAACAUGGGAAUGUUGUCUGUC